AUGGGAACGCAGUCAGUUUUCCGAUCGUUGUCACUUGCUAAGGAUCGAGGCUGGACUCGACAUCUCGCACCAGGAAAGGCACGAAUACCGCUGACAGGGGCAAGUCACAUCAGUCCAUGUUUCGCUUUCGUACCUCGGGGUGGCGGCGGGAGCGCACGACUAGCUUCUUCUACCCCCGACCUCAGUUGUAGCGCGCCUCGCCAACGACGUAUUACCUUUUGGACCGAUAUUGAAGGCGACCGAGAUUAUCUUACACGUUACGUCAAUCGUUCUCUAGUGCUCUGCUUUCGAAAAACUGUCCCUCGUCUGGACCAACGCUUGCAGCUAUCCGUCAAGAACGACAAUACUACUUACUUCCCGUACAAUCACUGUUUGGACUUUGCCCAUGAGCACGACGUUGUCGUCUAUGGGGGGGAUGUGUGGGAUCAAGGGGGCUCAGAUCUUUACGUCAUAAGACAAUUGCUCGAUCUGCAUCAGCGCUAUCCCGAUCGAGUCUUUUUUGUCAUGGGGAAUCGGGAUGUGAACAAAAUGCGUGUCAUACAGGAACUGGGUUGUCCGGGAAGUGGUGCCUCGCCAUCGCAUUACGGCGUCUACUGGCUCCAAGGAACACAAAGAGUGGGGGAUCCUGCUUUAGGAAUUAUGUCGAACAAUCCAGUUGAGCGUCUAAAGUGGAUGCUAUCUUCAACGAUGGGUAGUCCUCGUGCUUUUGACAAUCGACAAUGGGAGUUGCAGCAGGAGCGUGAAUCCCUUGGUCAAGUAGAUCGAGUCAUGGACGAGGACGUUGUUGAGUCCUAUCGCAAGUCAUGCUAUCCCACAGGAGAGAUGGGCCGAUACCUCUCACUUGCGAAUAUUACUGUUCGACUCGGGGAAGUGUUGUUUCUACACGGAGCUUUGCCGUUGACGGCGGAUGUAUUGAAAGUGGCUAGCAAGAGGAGUGUAUGGGAUGAUAUGACCUUUGCAAUGCCGUGGCUUGAACCUUCGGUAAUGACAGGUGAUAACUGUGUUGAUUCGGUUGACGACUGGUUCGAUGCGCUCAAUAUGUUUGCUUCUGAAAAAGUUCAGAAUUGGCAAAGGCAUCCUAUCGAAGAUGAAUACUGGAGUCGUGCCGGUGGCUAUAAGCACACCGCAGGAUCCUUUUCUCAGCUGAUACAGUACGGAAUGGGCUGGAUCCCUGGUCAGAAACGAAAUCCGACAGUUAUUUAUGCAAGCUGGAGUACAAACGGCAUGCCGCGGAGGUUUUUCCCCGAUCCGGAGCAUUCAUCGCUGGACGAAGCUUUUGUAAACAUGACCCACGAAUUCUUUGAACGCUCAAACUUGCGUCUACUUUGUUCGGGUCACCAACCGCAAGGUGACAUGCCCAACACAAUUCGCGUUGCACGGUCUGGAGAAGACCAAAGUCAUUGGAUCGUGAAUGGCGACACAAGCUAUUCGGGCGAUACUCUUUGGCAUCAUCUACCUGGCGAGGAAGAGAACAGAAAGAACGUGGGUCGAGGGAGAUCCCGUAGUGGAAGAGGUCCUGUGGCCGUGAGUGAGGCUAUCAUUGAGCAAUGCUCGGACACCGGCAAGGUUCUUCGUACGUUUUGCCACGGAGUCCUCAGUGACGGCAGCGAAUAUUGUACCGUACCCAUCAAUUUUUCAUCCGACAUUCCUAAAGAAGCAUUGUCCGUAGGUCGAUUGGCGUCUUCCUUAUCCUCACCUUCGAUAAAGACAUCUCCUCAUCGUGGACUGUGGUGGACGAAAGCUGCAUUUGAUGACGGAACGUGCCUUCUCGCUGCAGGCGAAGGAUUCCGGUUUUGGAACCGAAUCAUGUCAUCAUGA